UGGUGACAUCCAGAAUAGUCAUCAGAUCUUCCUUGAACACCGUCACGAGCAGUAACAUAUCAUGAAGCUGCUGAGCAUUUUCGCUUUUUGCAUCGUUGCCGUUAACGCUGCCGACAACUCGACGUUAUCGGAGAGCGAUGAAGCCCUUCGCGUGAAACGAGGUUGGUUAAAAGGUAGCUAUGGUAGCACCUCUACUGCUCCAGUAGUUACAUACUACGGACCUCCUCCAGGAGCUGCUCAAGCGGCAGCUGCUGCGCAGGCGGCCCAAGCGGCCCAAUAUGCUGCUCAUGCAGCUCAGCAGGCCGUUCAAGCUGCUGCCGCCGCUGCCCAAGCUGCUCAACAAGCAGCCAGCCAGGCUGCCGCAGCUGCCCAGGCCGCACAAGCAGCUCAGGCUGCCACCGCUGCUGACAUAGCGCAAGCCGCACAGAUUGCCAGCGCAGCUCAAGCGGCUGCUUCUCAGGCGGUCCAAGCUGCUCAAGCGGUUCAGGCAGCCCAGGCAGCGACUGCCGCUCAAGCUGCCCAGGCGGCGUCCGCUGCUCAAGCUGCCCAGGCGGCGACCGCAGCGCAAGUUGCCCAAGCAGCCUACAAUUAUGGGAAGUAAACAAACGGAGAACGAAGACCGAACACAAAGUUAGGACAGUGCAGAUGUACCUAUUACAAUUCAACCCAAUCCCAUACUGCAUGGCCAAUGGCGGCAUUCUUGCAUAAUUGCUCACUCAAUUUUAUCUCAAUAACCAUUUCUCACAAACUACUCGUGUCUGUUGGAAUUUUCCACAUCCAAAUCCUGCAAUACAAUUUUUAAAAAAAUUAA